AUGCCGUUCAUGCCGGUGAAGUUCAACCUGCAGAAGCGGGUGAAGCUUGCUCAGGGGCUGUGGAUGCUCUACUGGCUCUCGGUCAUCGUGGGAAUUCUCAUCUUCAGCCUCGGAAUCUUCUUCAAGAUUGAGCUGCGGAAGAGAAGCGAGAUGAUGGACAACAAUGAGAGUCAUGUGGUUCCAAACCUGCUCAUCCUGGUCGGGGUGUUGGCGUGUGCCAUCAACGCCUUCGGGGGGAAAGUGUGUCAUGAUUCUCUGGACCCCAUCAAGUUCACCCGGUGGAAGCCGAUGCUGAAGCCGUACCUGCUGCUGUGCUGCGGGUUCAACGUGCUGCUGCUGCUGACGGCGCUGCUCUGCUUCCUCAUGCAGUUCGCGGUUUACCUGACGCUCGCCGAGGGGCUGAAGAACGGAAUCAAGUUCUACAAGGACACGGACACACCGGGACGCUGCUUCAUGAAGAGGACACUGGACAUGACGCAGGUCGAGUUCCGAUGCUGUGGCAACAACAACUUCAGGGACUGGUUCGAGGUUCAGUGGAUCAGCAACCGAUACCUGGACAUGAGUAAUGAUGAGAUCAAAGAUCGUGUCUUCAGUAACGUGGAGGGAAAGUUCCUGAUGGACAGCGUCCCGUUCAGCUGCUGUAACCCCGGAUCACCUCGACCCUGCAUUCAGCAUCACCUGACCAACAACUCCGCCCACUACGACUACGACCACCGCACUGAGGAGCUCAACAUCUGGGUCCGAGGCUGUCGGGAGGCGCUCUUCUCGUAUUACAGCGGCAUGAUGAACAGCAUGGGGGCGCUGGUCAUCAUCACUAUCAUCCUGGAGUCGGCGGACAUGGCAGGGUUGAAGUACCUGAGCACAGCUCUGGAGACGAUGGCGGACCCGGAGAACCCGGACUGUGAGAGCGAGGGCUGGCUGUUAGAGAAAGGUGUGAAGGAGACGUUCGUGGAGCAACUCGCCAAACUGAAGACGCUGGGGACGACCAAUCAGGUGGAGGAGGGCGGGGAUGAGGCAACCUGAGAGCCCCGCCCACCCUCAAAGGACUGAGGUCUCCCCCCUUCUCCCCAUCCCCCUCUCACCCGCCACCCCUCCCUCAGAAAACAGGGAGUGAGAGAGGAGAGGUCGUCAUGUUCUACACGCACACACACACACACACACACACACACACACACACACACACACACAUUCUUAGUGAGGACUCAUUGGCCUAAUGCAUUCCCUAGCCCCUUAAUCUUACCUUAACCAUCACAACUAAAUGUCUAAGCCUAACUUAACCCUGAUUCUGAUUCUAACCAUAAAACCAAGUGUUGACCCCUAAACAGUCCAUUAGAGGUCAGAAAGUCCUCACAAAGAUAUCUGUGCAAGAGCAUGCACACACACUCACUCUCACACACACUCACUCUCUCACACACACUCACUCUCUCACACACACACACACACACAGACACACACACACACACACACGUUCAAAGUGAACAAUCAUGUAAAGUAACUGUGAAUGUGGAUUUUUCUGUAAAUAUGUUUGAACAGAUUUUAUUUUUAAAGCGGAGAAACAGAAACUUUAUUUCAAUUAUUUACAAAAAAAUGAACUCCGCCUGCUCGUAAAGACUUCCUGUCACAUGACCAUCACACACCAUCAGGCCUGUUAUAGAGCUCGACUGAUCAGCUGAUCAGCUGAUCAUGCAGUUACAGGGUUUGUCCAGCAGAGAGCGUAAAGUGAACAAAAUGAAGUUCUUGUAAUGUGUCAUCGCUCAGUCUGACCUCUGACAUGUUUGGUUGAUAUGGAAACAGAUGGCCGACCAUACAAUAAACCUCAAAAUUCUCUAAUCUGCCACUGCUGGUCAGGAGGGGUACGGCAACAGGGACUUUAACAGUUGCAGUACCCCUCCUGACCAGCAGGAGUUAUAUACAGAUGAAGCUUCUUCUGAACGUUUAAUUUAUUUUGUUAAUCUUUUACGUACACAGUUUAUAAUUUAACUUUUUUGACACGCUUUGUUCUUUGAGGUUCGUUGAACUUGUGAACGAUGACAACUUACAUCUUUGAACCAAGGCGUGUGAUUGGUCAAGCUCGGGGCAGCAUUGUUGAACUGGCAGAGGUGAAAAUGUCCCAACAUCUGCUUCUCUGAAACAGGAAGUGUUUUUUUUUAACUCUUAAGUUUCAGCCAAACCGACACACGUGCUGUGAUGUCAUGACCUCAGUGUGUGUGUGGAUCUGAUCCGUGUUCAGUUUUACAGACGUGAAGUCACAUCAGCUGUUUAGUUUCUACGUUUCUUUGUAACAUUGUGAUGUUUGUUGUUGUUGGAGCUCGUAGUCGCUUCGCUGUGUAAGAUAAAACUUAUAAAGAGAUUGUGACUGAA